UUUGCACCUUCAGCACUAACCAAGCACAAGUCCAUUCUUUUCCCUCUCUCUCUACCCAGUAGAGUUAAAAAGAAGCCGUUUUACCAAAAAAUAAAAAUAAAAAGAAGCCAAAGAAGGAAACUUUCCUCGCAGUCACAAGCGGCGCAACCAAGCUUCUACAACCCAACACUACAGGAUUCAGGAGUGGAAAACUGCUUUCUCUGUACCAACGGGUUUCUAAUGCUUGACUUUGAGCCGCUCCUUGCAUUUAAAUCUGUAUUUUCUCUAGAGAUGGCAUAAAGGUUUAUGUUUUUUCAAGCUAGUCAAGGGAAAAGAUGUUUCUUUCUGCAGUGAACCAUAAACUUGAUUUUCUCUCUUUGUCACCAUCCUUUACCUACAACCAAAUCCUUGACCCCAUUCCUAGACCUAAUCGAUGUUUGAAAUUUCUUUUCUCCUCUCAUAUGAAUCUCAAUUGCUCUCUAAAACCUCUAACUUGUUUUGCCAAUGCAAAGAAUUCUGAUUCGAGCUCUGAAUCUGAUCCUUGCCCAAACCUUAAUUCCAAACCUAAAACAAGAACUCGACGCCAGAAAACCAAAGUUCCCCAAAAUGAAAAUGAAAAUCCUGGUGGGAUAUUUCCCACUACAAUCCCAAAAAAGCCCCGGCGUGGUCGCAGAAGUGAAGCAGCUGCAGUUGAAGAUUUUGUGCGUGAUUCACUUGAACAGACAUUUAGAUCAAUCAGAGAGCAGAAUUCGGAAAUUUUGGAGAAUAAGGAUAAUAUUAUGAAGGACAGAGUUAACGAUGAGAAUGAUUCUGAUGGCAGCAGUGACGAUGACGAGGAGGAGGAGGAGGAGGUGGCGGAUGAAAGUGGUAACGGAAGAAAGAAGACAGUGGUUGAGGAGGAGAGUCCAAAUUGGCCACUAGAUGCUGAUGUAGGCUGGGGAAUUAGAGCAUCAGAGUACUUUGAGCAGCACCCAAUCAAGAACGUCGUUGGGGAAGAUGGUGUUGAGAUUGAUUGGGAGGGAGAGAUGGAUGAUAAUUGGGUUAAGGAGAUAAAUUGUCUGGAGUGGGAGAGCUUUGCCUUCCAUCCUAGCCCACUAAUUGUUCUUGUUUUCGAAAGAUAUAACAGGGCGACUGAUAACUGGAAGGUUUUGAAGGAACUAGAGAAAGCAAUCAAGGUUUACUUGGGUGCCAAAGAUCGAUUGCCUCCUCGGACCGUUAAGAUAGACAUCAACAUCGAGAGGGAUUUAGCCUAUGCGCUUAAAGUUAGAGAUUGUCCACAAAUUUUGUUUUUGCGGGGCAACAAGAUCUUAUACAGGGAGAAAGAGUGGUCUCCAUACGCAGAGAUUCGAACAGCAGAUGAGUUGGUUCUCAUGAUUGCACAUUUUUACUAUAAUGCAAAAAAGCCUUCGUGGAUUAAUGAUGAAGCCUUGUCUCCACCGUUUCAGCUCAAGCCUAGCUUUAAGGAAGGAGAAUAAGGAAGGUAAUUGCAUCUACAGCGAUAAUCUUCGAGCACAGGCUUCAACUAAGGAUAUGUAAACCAGCUUGAAAACAGGUUUUCUUUCUUCUCCUCUUUUGUAUUUUAUUUUAUUUUUUAUUUUGGGUAGGGGAGGGGAGGUGAUGAUCAUGUACGUCUUUGACAACUAUUCUGUGUUUGUCUUUGACAACUUUUUACUUGGAUGAUAGCAAUACUAGAAGUGUUCAACCAAAUGUAUAAUUCUGCAAUGCAUGUUUUGUUUGUUAGCA